GGGCUCUAAAUUGGUGUGCCGAUAGACGAUAGAGGAAAAAAGCUUAUCCCUAACUGCUUUCGCAUGCGGGAGAACAAUCUUAGGGGGGGGGGGGGGGGAGAGAACAUAACCGCGGCACUGAUUAGGAAAACUACUAUUAGUAGAGAGACCAGCUCUCAUCCUUCAAGAAUUCGAGCAGUUCACUGCCCAGACAGGACUAGAAGAAAAACGUCGCCCCACUCGCUCCGCAUGUACAACCUGGUCCACCUAAAUUGAACAUUUGCGAACGCAAUCCUGAGCAUUAUGCAGGUAUUGACAAACUUUGUCCAUAUUGAAUAUGAACGGCGCCUUUGCUUUUUUUUUGUGUAAAUACCAAUUUGUUACAGGAAUGUAAGAAAACACCAUUUUUUUUUAACACGAUCUAACGACGUUAUGGAUUGCCGAGACUUUAAAGUUAUUACAUUUACUUGUAGAAAAUUUUGUCUACUUUAAUUUGGUAUGUUAUAUUUAUAGUUAAAAAACGCUUAGUUUUCGAGUUAUAAAUAGUUGAAAACCUGAAAAAAGUACCGGAAAUGUAAGGUUUUUUGCAAUUUUUCAUGUGAAGUCUGGCGUUGACAAACCUCAGAUUCGGAUUCAGCACCCCAAAAAAUAUAUAGAACCGGUAAGAAAAAAACUUCUACAUUUUUUUCCUGGAAGAAAUCCCUGCUUACUGAACUAUUAGGAGAUUCGUAAAAGUAGGGGAGAAAACCACGCGGUACAAUAUGGGCUUCGAGGAAAAAGCUAUAGUGACUUCCUUAGCAGUGAUUUUUUCCCAUACAUCUACAUAAGACGCUGGUUAGGCUGUGUGGCCUAUAGUCUUCUACUAGCUUUUUGCUAACCUUUUUGAAUAUAGGUAUAACAACUAUUUUUUCUCAAGGUUGUGGGAAAUCUCCUGUGGAUAUUAUGUCACUCAUAAGUGCUACCAGAGGUCCUUUUAGAGUGUGCAAACAAUUUCUAAGAAAUAUAGGAGAGAUCUUAUCAAGUCCCGUAGGGACCUAAUGGCGAUCUCUACCGUUUCUGUAGUAGGAUUCAAUUGGAAGUGUUUGUCUAAUAUCUGUAGGGCUGAGUUUAGUAAAAUCACUCUGGAAUUGCUAUGCAAAACACUCUGCAAUCUACUGGUCAGAUUCAAAUGGGACUAGAGUUGCUUUGUCAACCAUAAUACUGAAGUGAGUUUGGAGUUAAGGUUAGAGCUAACAUAGGAAAAGAACUGUUUGACGUUGUUCAACAGAUUUGAUUCAUAUUGUUUUCUUGCUGUGAGAGGUGGAAGUCAAUCAAGGCUCACGUGAGCAGGGAGCGAAGAAAAGGGUUCUCAUUUACAUCGGCGAGAAAAUGAUAAAAAUUGGAAGACUUAUAGAUACAGAACAUAAAAACGCAACAAAUGAAAACAACACCAAAGUUUCCUAAAUCUACCCAAUAAAACCAUCUUCCAAAGCAUCAAGGUCGAAAUCAAUCCCCUUACGAUGAACAACACAAAGCAAAGGGAUUCUUGUCCUCGUCCUUCGAAAUCCAAAUCACAUCGACCUCUCCAAAGAGUACCCGUACGAAAUGCCGGGUUCUGAUUGGUUGCGUGAAAGUAGUACCCGGCCAUACAGCUGAUCCUGCUCUCGUUGCCGAUAUAUUCAAAACGCGGGUACGCGCCUUAUAAAAUAUUAUUUUGAUUCCUGCUUAGCAUUAGAACCCGCGGUCCGGUACCACGCCAAUCAGUAGCUGCAUUAAUAAAAAAGACACGCCGGUUUGUUUACAAUAUCAAAAGUACUCUCUUUACUAGUUAAAUAAAAUUAAAUUAUUUUGCGGUGAAGAAGUGAGUGCAUUUGAGUUUGUUAGUUAGGACUCUUGAGUUUUGUCUUAUAUUUUUUUUUUCUGGUUUUCAAAUAGUGAUUUCUUGAUUGUUUUUGUGCUGAAAGACAAUUUUUGGUAUUUCACGAUUGUACUCGCUCCAAAUUCAAAAUGAAAGAUUAUAAUAUGUUAUGGAGAGGCUUCUUCGGAAGACGUUAUGAUGCUGUGAGCACUGGUGAUUCAUCAAAAAAACAAAAAGAAGCCGCACAAAAGAAAGUACAGAAAUAUAGGAAUCAUAAGUGUGUGGAACGAAGAAGAGCCUUGACUUACGCAUUAUUGGGAAUUGGAGCUCUUAUAUCAGGACUCUUUAUACAUUUGGUGGAUCCUUACACUCUACUUUACCAAUGGAAAAUCCAAUUUGGCCCAGGCGGUGAAAUAUUUGGUCUAUGGGAAAGACCUCCUGUCGAACUGUUCCUCAAAGUUUACCUCUGGAAUAUCACCAACAGUGAGGAGUAUAUGACUGGGAAAGCUGACAAGCUAAAAUUUGAAGAAGUUGGACCUUAUGUCUAUCGAGAGUUGAUGACGCACGAAAAUAUCACGUUUAACGACAAUGGUACUUUGACAUCGAUUCCCAAUCAUCCCCUUGUAUGGGAACCUCAUUUAUCAGGAGAAAGAAGGGAGGAUGAUCUAUUGAUUUUGCCGAAUAUUGCUUUGUUGAGUAUCGCAGAUGUAGUCUCAAAGCAAAACCUCUUCACCAGAUUGGGCCUAAACGUCAUCAUCAGACGAACCAACUCACAGCCAUUAGUUAAAAUGACAGCAAAAGAGUUCAUGUUCGGAUACAAAAGUGCGUUGAUGAACCUGGGAAACACUUUUAUGCCAUCCUGGAUCUACUUUGACAAGUUAGGAUUAAUUGAUAGGAUGUAUGAAUUCCGUGGAGAUUACGAAACCGUUUACACCGGCACUAAACAUGGACUCACCAACAUUGGGCUUAUAGACACUUACAAUGGAGAAAGUAAAAUUCCUCAAUGGGACAGUCCAUGCGGUGACAUUCAAGGUGCUUCUGACGCUACCAAGUUUCCUGGCUACAUUCAACCCAAUGAUACUUUGGUGUUUUAUAGGAAGAGUAUGUGUAGAGCAAAAACUUUGGUUCAUGUUAAUGAUACAGUAAAAGAUGGAUUCAAAGCUUAUGUCUACCACUUUGCUGAUGACGAAGACGACAAUGGCCGUAUUCAUGAAAAAAAUCGUUGCUUUUGCAAAGAAUCAAACAUUGACCAAUGCAAACCCAGAGGCUUAUUGGACGUCCGAGGAUGUUACUAUGGUUUUCCCAUUGCGCUUAGCUACCCUCAUUUCCUCGACGCUGAUAAAGUUUUGUUUGAUAAAGUAGAAAGUGGGUUGAAUCCUGAUCCGGAAAAGCAUCGCAGCGAGUUUGUUAUCGAACCCAAGUCUGGAAUGCCUGUGAAUGUAGCUGUUAGAAUGCAAAUCAAUAUGGCUCUAGGAAACAUACAAAAUAUUGCUAAUUCUGAAAAGUUUAGCAAUAUAGUCUUGCCGAUGUUGUGGAUGGAAAUUGGAAUGUACGGUCUACCAACUUCCCUUAAGAUACGGUUUAAGCUCUACCUAGAAAUUGUCCCUACAGCUCAAGAAUGCUUAAAAUAUGCCCUUCUUAUCAUUGCUCCACUAGCACUCAUCUACUCAGUGCAUAAACUUAUAUGCUCCAGGGGGUCAUCAGCGCAAGAAAACGACUGUCCAUGGAUAGAAGACGCCUUUGUACUUAAUAUUGACAGAAAACUGUCAAGCUACAUUCCAGAGAAACGGCCUAGCUUGACUCAUAAAGAAUUUGAUGCUUAUAUGAAUACUUUUCUUGCACCGGUGCAUCAUCAUGUUAUAGAUCGGCCUAUGGCUACCUUUAUUCGAGAAGAUGAUUAGUACGUAAUUUGGCAAUUAUUUAUGAAUUGCCAUAAAUAUUAUGUGACCUCAAUGGCGUAAAUGAACAAUUAAUUAUUGCAGUAGGAUUUUAGAAAUUUUAAACAAAGACAAUUUUGUCACAAAAAAGUUGAUCAUUUCUGUCUCGUUUGUGUGAUUUAUUAUUUUUUAAUAUUUAUUAUCGUUUUUAAGGUUUUUAGGUAAGUCAAAAUUGCAAGACAAAUUUUAAUGAAACUUUUUUUCACUUAUUUGUCUUGUGAACGUGUCUUAUUUUGACAUUAACAGGGACUAGAAAGCUCCUUUAGCUUGCCAUAAAAAGAAACUUAGUCCCUGCAUAAUGCCAAUAACUAUUAGUUUAGAAGGUAGGAACUCUAGAGCACGUUUUAGUGACUCAAAUGCUCAGUUUUUUCACUUGAUUAAAGUGAUGAUAUUUAUUAUAAAAAUUUAGUUGGAAAAAUUAAUUUAUUUAAGAUCUAAAUUCUCAACUCUUUGAACAAAAUCUUGCCAACUAAUUGAUAUUUUUUAGCAAUACAUGUUAAGAUUAGUUUUAUAAAAAAAAGUGCUUCAAAACAAUGUGAUAAAAUAGUUAUUUAAUUCUCUUUGCUAUUUAAAAUGCUUGACGUAGGUAUGCUGUUUUUAAUAAAAGCCAGAUUAGUUAACAAAAAUUAUGCUCUCGGCAAACAUACAUUAUCUUUUUAGGUAAAAUCUGGCAUUAGACAUAAAAAAAAAUUAUUUAGGACUCCAAUGGUCAGUUUCUUAGUGCAAUAAAAUUUUAAUUUAAGUAAGUUUUUGAUAAGUUAAAAUUUAAAUAAUAGGAUCUCAUCUUGUAGAUUUUAUUUUCACAAAUUAGAUGGUCCCAGUUUAUUAAGGGUUUUAUUAGGUACGUUUCUGUAGAUUUGUUGUACAUUAUUUUUAUAAAGCCUAUUUUUAUAUAAAAUUUGAAAAUAAAAUUCUUGUUUUAUUUUUGAUCCAUUCAAAGCAAAUUCAUUGCAAAAUCAAAUGAGAGUUAUAAAAGAAAAAAACGUUAAUGGAAUUAAAUACUAUCUUUAAUACUUGUGAUGAAAAAUAAAUAAAAAAAUAAAUAAAAAUCAAAUACAUAUUGCUUCAUCAUACCAUAAUACCAUCAGAUGCAGCUAUCAAUAAAUAACUCUUCUUCGAAGGUCUUUCUAUGGGCGCAUCACUCUCCACAUUAUGCGUAUUCCUCAAAUGCUGCUUCACAUAAGAUUUGUCAUUAAACUUCUUAUCGCACAUGGGACAAUCAAAAGGCUUUUCCCCAGAAUGUGUGUAUAAAUGCCUGACCAGCUUAUUUUUCGCAUAAAAAGCUUUGGGGCAAAGCUGACAAGCAUAGUUGCGUUCACGAAUUGGCACUUUCACUUUACCGACGCCUAUUCCAUGAAUUUUUGCCAUGUGAACCU